CGCCAAGCGCUGACCCCCUCCAACGCUCCCUAACAACACCAUGUCUCUCAAGCAGGGCGAAUUUGUUGGUUCUCUCGAUUGCGGAACUACCUCUGUCCGCUUCAUCAUCUUCAACGAAUUUGCGGAGAUCGUCGCUGAACAUCAGCUCGAGUUCCCCCAGUACUAUCCUAACCCCGGCUGGCACGACCACGACGCCGAUGAGAUAUGGCAGGUGUCGGUCGAGUGUAUUGAUAAGGCUUGUCAGAAGCUUGAGCAGGCGGGAUGGGCAAAGUCCAGUGUCAAGGUGAUCGGUAUUACAAACCAGCGCGAGACCACUGUGGCCUGGAGCCGCAAAACCGGUAAACCUCUCUGCAAGGCGAUCGUCUGGACGGACUCGCGAACAAAGAACGUUGUCGUGCAUUAUGAAAACAUCCUGGCACAUACCGGGAUCGAGGUGGAGCCCGGAGUGUUCCACAAAGCAGAUGAGGGCGUCGAGGCGCUGGUGGACAUAACUGGCCUCAAGCUCUCUACCUACUUCUCUGCGAUCAAACUCAGAUGGAUGAUCGACAACUACGACAAUGUCAAAGCAGCACACGACGCAGACGACCUCAUGUUCGGCACAGUCGAGUCUUGGGUAGUCUACAAAAUGACAGGUGCCACCGACGGCGGCCUGCACAUUGGCGAAGUAACUAACGCCUCGCGCACCCUGCUCAUGAACAUCAAGACUCUGGAAUGGGACCCGCGCCUUCUCAAGUUCUUCGGCUUCCGGGAGACUAUCCUCCCCAAGAUCGUCUCCUCGUCCGAGGUAUACGGCAAGAUUGUAGGUGGCACCCUUGAUGGCGUACCCAUCGCCGGGCUCGUCGGCGACCAGCAGGGCGCGCUUGUCGGCAACAAGUGUCUCCUCCAGGGAGAGGCAAAGUGCACGUACGGGACUGGCGCUUUCUUGCUGUUCUGCACGGGUGCGGACAUCGUGAAGAGUCGGCAUGGCUUGUUGAGCACGGUUGCAUACCAGCCUGGGAGCGGUGCAAAGCCGAUCUAUGCGCUGGAAGGAAGCAUUGGUGUCGCCGGAAGCGCCAUCCAAUGGCUGCGCGACUCCAUGGGCUUCAUCAAGGACGCCACGGAGGUCAACAAGCUCGCCGAAUCCGUGCCCAACACCGGCGGCGUCUACUUCGUGACCGCCUUCUCCGGCCUCCUCGCGCCGUACUGGGACCCGGGCGCCACCGGCAUUCUCAUUGGGAUUUCGGCGUACACGACGCCGGCGCACAUCGCGCGCGCGACGAUCGAGGCGAACGCGUACCAGACGCGUGCGAUUCUCGAGAGCAUGAAGCUUGACUCGUCGGUCGACCUCAAGCAUCUCAAGGUCGACGGUGGCAUGACUAACGGCGAUAUCUGCAUGGAGAUCCUCGCGGACAUUGGCGGGUUCAAUGUCGUCCGUCCUGUUAUGCGAGAAUCGACGGCAUUGGGUUCCGCGCUCCUCGCAGGCUCUGCAAUCAAGCUGUUCGGAUGGGACCUCACCAAGCCUGAGACACUGGAGAAGGUGAACACGAAGGGAUCACGUACCUUCCAGCCCAAGAUUGCGGUCAAGGACCGCGCUGCGGGCUGGCAGCGGUGGCAGAACGCUGUUGAGCGGUCCAAGGGCUGGGAAGAGGGCACGGACAACUAAGGCCUUGUGUGAAGCUGAAGGCGGAAACCAGAAUGUCGAAACCAAGGGCUUGUACGAAGUAUUAACCUUAUCCUGUAAGUGUAUGUUAUGUAGUAUGUACUUGUGUGGUACGAACGAGAACAUACCCUAUAUAUGGAGUCGUUCGAUC